AUGGACAAGUCUGGCAAAGUGAUUGCAAAGUGGGAUAGUAGAGCAACAAAAAUUUACACAGAAAUUUGUGUAGAAGAGGUGAAUGCACGCAACAGGCCCCAACAUUUUCUAAAUGUAGAAGGGUAUGCUAACCUCAUAAGGAAGUUUAAGGAACGGACUGGUCGCACUUACACCAGGGAUCAAAUGAAGAAUAGAUGGGACUCCUUAAAGAGAAUGUUCACCCAGUGGAAAACACUUAAUGAAAGGGCUACAGGUCUUGGUCGAGACCCUCAUACUGGUUCUAUCAGUGCACCAGAUGAGUGGUGGGCUAAGCAAAAUGAAGCAAUGACAGGGUGUAUUAUGUUCAAAAUAGCCCCCCUUGAGAAUGAGGACGAGCUUAAGGUUAUGUUUGGACCCAUUGUCUGCACCAAUGAAACAACCCUUGUUCCUGGAGUUGAGGAUGCAAAUUCUUCAUCUGAUGACCACGUGCAAGCCAAUUUAGGUGGGGGUGAAAACAGCACACCAGACCCCUGCUCAAAUGCGAUAGGGAAGCGUAAGGUGCUGCAUGAUUCUCCUAAACCUAAGAAGAAAAAAUAUACGAAGGAUGAAUACAUGAAACGCCUUGUGGAGGCUUUUGAGUCGCGUUCCAUGAACACUAACAAGUCCAUAGCAUCUUUUGAGACCGACCUAGUACGUGUAGAGGUUGCUGCUCAGUUGCAACAAGUAAUUGAAGAUGGAUCAGAGGAAGGCAGCGACUUACGUUUCUUUGCCACUCACUUGUUGAUGGAGAAACGGUAUAGAGAUGUAUUUGCAAUCCUGAAGACCAAAGAAGGAAGGAACGCUUGGCUGCGCCGUGCUUUCGAGAUGAAUAUGUGUGAACCUGAUACACACACAUCUGAUGAUGAGAGGGCUGGAGAAUUGCUUGUUGCCCUAUGUGCUGUAGACAUAUGGGGGAGCUCGCCCAGUGGGGUUUCUAGAAGAACAAUGGUUGAAACAGGUUGGUCAGGUUCAGUACAUGACACUAAAGUAUUACAAGAUACUUUGAUAACUUAUGCGGACAGGUUCCCGCGUCCACCGGAAGGUAAAUACUAUCUUGUGAAUUCAGGUUAUCCAAAUAGAAAGGGGUACCUUGCACCUUAUAAGGGUCAGAAGUACCACAUUUUAGAAUGA